UCGUCACUACACUCAGCUUUGGAGCAACAGCGUUUAGGGCUUUUGCUGACUUCCAGUGACGAGUAGCGGCGCCGACUCCAGCAGGUGUGCAUUUCGGUAUUGGGCCAAAUUGGCAACAAAGAUGACAACAAAAACUAAUCGCGAGUGUGCCAGCGAAGGUGAAGGCAAAUGCGAAGCCACAGCAGCAGCUGCUGAGCAACUUGAGCAGCUGAGCGACUGAGCGGCCGUGGAAUUGUGGCAGUUAUUAAAUCGUCGUGCUGUUAGUAACAACGCAGCGCGCGCGUUGCUGUAUUGAAAGAAAAAUUUAUAUAGAAGAGCUAAAUUUAUUACAAAACAAAGUUUAUCGCAUCCAAAUCCAAAACAACAACAACAUGAGCGCAGUCGAUGCGGUGUUAAGCUUCAAGCGAAGUCCCGAUGAGGACUUUUACGCCAUACUCAACUGUGACGAAAAUUCUUCG